UCUCUCGCGCAUGACCGUGGUCAACUUUGCCGCAUCAAUAUCAAAGGUGCAGAGUGGUGCGGAUUGUGGACACGUUUGCGCUACUGUGUCGUAGUUCGUAGUGCAACCAAAAUCUGUUGAUUUCUCGUCAUAAGAUAUGUCGAAGAUGCGGAUGAAAGCAGUGAGGUGUCCCACGGAUGAGCUCAGCCUCUCCAACUGUGCCAUUAUCAACGCCGACGAUUUUCCUGAUGAUGUCAGGCAUAUUGAAGUAACUACAGCACCAAAUUAUCAUUUCGUAUUUACUGUGAGAACACAUCAUGAGAUUCCACGUGGCACAGUUGGCUUUAGCUUACCUCAACGAAAAUGGGCAACAUUGUCUCUCAAUCAAGAGAUUGAAGUUCGGCCAUAUCAUUUUGAUCCAACAUCUAACACAGAAUGUUUAUGCAACAUCGUUUUGGAAGCUGAUUUCCUGCAGAAAAAAACUGUCACUUUGGAACCAUACAAUACGGAUGAAAUGGCUAAGGACUUCUUGAUGCAGUUUUCCGGGCAGGCAUUCACCGUGGGUCAGCAGCUGGCAUUUCAGUUUAAGGAUAAGAAACUGCUUGGAUUAGUUAUCAAAAGUUUGGAAGCUGCCGACUUGUCAGCCAUCAGUUCGGGGCAAAGUACGAUGCCUAAGAAGACAAAAAUGGGACGUUGCUUGGGUGACACUAUAAUCCAGUUCGAGAAAGCAGAGACCUCCAGUUUGAACCUUGUUGGACAGUCUAAAGGGAAAGCUGUCCGACAGGCGAUUAUCAAUCCAGAUUGGGACUUUCAGAAAAUGGGUAUUGGUGGCUUGGAUAAAGAGUUUAGCGCCAUUUUUCGAAGAGCCUUUGCAUCCCGUGUUUUCCCAACGGAGAUUGUCACUCAAUUGGGUUGCAAGCAUGUAAAAGGAAUCUUGUUGUAUGGACCACCUGGUACAGGAAAGACGUUAAUGGCUCGGCAAAUAGGUACAAUGUUAAAUGCAAGGGAACCGAAAAUUGUAAAUGGUCCACAAAUUUUGGAUAAAUAUGUUGGAGAAAGCGAGGCUAAUAUCAGAAGAUUGUUCGCUGAAGCAGAAGAAGAAGAAAAGAGGCUUGGACCAAACAGUGGACUUCACAUAAUCAUAUUCGACGAAAUAGAUGCUAUUUGUAAAUCUCGAGGUAGUGUUGCUGGAAACACAGGGGUUCAUGAUACAGUGGUUAAUCAGCUUCUUGCAAAAAUUGAUGGUGUCGAACAAUUAAAUAACAUUCUUGUUAUUGGUAUGACUAAUAGAAGAGAUAUGAUUGAUGAGGCUUUGUUAAGACCUGGCAGAUUGGAGUUGCAAAUGGAAAUUAGCUUACCAGACGAACAUGGACGGUACCAAAUUCUUAAUAUCCACACAUCCCGAAUGAGAGAAUAUAAAAAAAUAGCGUCUGAUGUAGACUUAAAAGAGAUGGCCACUUUAACUAAGAAUUUUAGUGGUGCAGAAUUGGAAGGUUUAGUUAGAGCAGCCCAAAGUACCGCCAUGAAUCGAUUAAUUAAAGCUUCCAGUAAGGUGGAAGUAGAUCCAGCUGCAAUGGAAAAGCUUAUGGUAUCUCGAAGUGACUUUUUCCAUGCAUUGGAACAUGAUGUUAAACCAGCAUUUGGUACAAGUGCUGAAGCAUUGACCCAAUUGUUAACUCGUGGAAUUAUUCACUGGGGAAGGCCAGUGGUUGAAAUACUUGCUGAUGGCGGUCUAUGCAUUCAACAAGCUCGGGCGACUGAAGGAUCUGGACUUGUUUCUGUUCUUUUGGAGGGACCACCGAACAGUGGAAAGACGGCGCUUGCCGCACAAAUUGCAAAGAAUUCAGACUUUCCAUUUGUUAAAGUGUGUACACCUGAAGACAUGGUCGGUUUUAUUGAAUCGGCAAAAUGUCUUUCGAUACGAAAGGUGUUUGAUGAUGCAUAUCGUUCGCAACUCAGCUGUAUUUUAGUUGAUAAUAUUGAACGUCUUCUGGAUUACGGCCCAAUUGGACCAAGAUAUUCUAAUCUAACAUUACAAGCACUUUUGGUGUUAUUAAAGAAAUCGCCGCCGCCUGGCCGUAAACUGUUAAUUCUAUGUACUUCUAGUCGCAGACAAGUUUUAGAUGACUUGGAAUUACUUCCAGCAUUUAAUACUAUCCUUCAUGUGCCUAAUUUGUCAAGCCCUGAUCAUUUGUUAAGUGUGUUAGACGAAGUUGAUCUCUUUUCAAAACAUGAAAUGGCUUCUUUGCAUGCAAAGCUUCAAGGAAAACGAGUAUUCAUCGGUAUUAAGAAAUUGCUUUGCCUAAUAGAUAUGGCGCGUCAAGUGGAACCAAGUUACAGAGUCGCAAAAUUCUUAUCGAAACUAGAAGAAGAAGGCGGUCUAGAGUAAGAUGUAUUCCAUUUCGAACUGCGUUACUUUUGGUAGUAUAGAAAAAGAAAAGGCAAAUGUUUUUGAGAGUAAAGUCGUUUCAAAUUUAAAUCAUUUAAGUUGAAUCGACUUUUAUCAUCCCAAAACGAAUGCAUUUUCAAAUUGUAGUAAUUUAAAUGUAGAAAUUUAUAGCUUCUGUGUAUAAGUGAUAUAGAUAUAAUCAGUGAUAUCUAGAUCUUCUCUGUAUUACAAUGAGUUCCCAUAUAACAAGUAGAUAAUAGAUACCAGCUUGUAUUGUGAUCAGCAUAUCUAAAAACACGUAAUUAACUCUGUAUUUUGAAGUACAAGUACAUUAUUGCAAAUAUUUAAACAAGCGUUAUCAGUUUUAUAAAUCGCAGAAAUGAAUAUCAUAUUUUCGUAUGAUAUUUUCAUAUAUAAGUAUUUUUUUAUGAUUCAAUUUGAUUUAGCUCUGAUUAACUCUAGCAAACUUAUUCAUUUUAUAGACUUUUAACAGCGUGAUAGAUUUAUUUGUUAGGCCUGUAUUUGAAAUAAUUUGCGACUUGAACAGAUAUUUAAUUGUUGCAUAAUAAUGUACAAUUAUUGUAUAGUUACUAAACGGAAACAUAUAUAUGUAAAAAAAAUGGAAAUAUUUAAAAUGACACGUACAAUACCUAAUUUUAUUGUAAGGAUUGUCGGUUACAUUAUACUGAGUGUAUUUCUCUCUUUCUUAUAUGACUUAUGUAUCUUUAAUACGCGAUUAAAUCGGUGAAAUAUUUAUAUUAAAAAAAUUGUACAAGCAGUACUUAUUUAGCUUUAGCUGCUUAAUAACAGAUGAUUGCCAAUGUCGUUUAUUGUUAUUUAAAAAUUUGAAGAUAAUUCUUCAUCUUUCUAAGUUAUAAUUGUAAUUAUAACUUAGAUGGAAGAAGAACAUUUCUAUAAAUAGCUUUAGCACAAAAUUGCAAUAAAAGCAAGUGAAUAAAGAGUGCGAACAAAGCUGGACGUGUUUCUAUGGUUGUACAUUACGUGAUACAUAUUUAUUCCAGCACAGAUAUUUUUAAAGAACAAUAUCUUGAAUGUGUACACAAAUUUGUGAUUCUAGAACAGUGCUUCCUAUUUGUGACAAAUUUGCUACUUUAUUGGAGAGAGAAAUAUAAUAUAGGAGAGUAUGUCUAUUUAAACAAUAGUUCAGUAAUGUCAUAGUUAUUAGCAGAUUAAAUAGCAUAUUAAGCAAAUAAGAUAAUUGAUAAAGUAUUUUCCACGCUAGAUCAAACACUCUAUAUUAUUUUAAUAUACGAUUAAAUCAAUAUAAUUUAAAUAAUUUCUCCAUCAUGUUACUGCAUCAUAAGAAAAAGUAAUGUAUUUGCUUAAUUAAUCAAAUUUUUAUUAUGCGUGUGUAAUAAAAAAAAAUUGAUUCAA